AGACUUGAACUCUUCAUUAACAAACGAAACUCAGAUCGUUGCGGUCUAUACUGUAUUCAGUUUUUGUGUUACGAAAUAAUUUCUUUGUGUGAUUAAGUGUUCUGUGUGUUUUUUUCUAACUCCUCCAACGGUUUCGUUUUAAAAUCAUGACCCUCACAGACGUACUGCAAGCUAUUUUCACGGAUAGAUCUACAUCUGAAUUUAUGGAAAAAUCACCAGAGUCGACCAUGUGUGAACUUGUGACCAGCGCUAUAACUCAGGCUGCUCGCGAGGGCCGACUGACGCAUGGACUUAAUGACUGCGUCGACGCACUUAGCAGAAAGCCAAAUGAUGUUGUGAUAUGUAUCUUGCCUGUUGAUACCACAUCUAGUCAUGUCAACUUGGACAUUCAAAUGUUGCUCAUAGAAUCAGUUUGUGUGGAAUAUGAUAUUCUCAUUUUGAAGGUGGACAUCAAUGAGAUUCACUCAGAACUCAGUCACUGUACUGACCUGGCUCAGGUUGGGAUGGCUACUUUAAUGAACAGAAAUGAGAAUGUUCCCUCAGAGCUUGACUGCUUUUUGAUUCAGCAUGGAGAUGAUGGCCUCAGUUUUAGUGAGAAAAAACUUCUUUCAAUGUUUCAUAAUGUUUGGAGUGACAGCUCAGAGAUCAAAGACUUUGAAGAUUUACCUGGUUGAUCCAGUCUAUGUACCUGUAUGACUAAUUAAGACCGCAGGCUGUCCCAAACCCUGCAUUGACAAGGUCUCUUAUGCAAGACAUUCCUGAGCUGUACUCCAGACACAGGUUCAACUCAUCAUCUGUUGCCAUCAGGCUACUUCCCAAAAUGUAGCCACCAAGUUUAUGUGUGUGUACACACGUGAACCUACACACGUGAACCAUUUUCACUGUGGACGACAGGACAUUAUGAGCCCUAAGAUCCUUGAAUCACUCUUAUUGCAACUAUAAGAAAUUGCUGCAGUCAGACAGUGGAUUAUGCAUCACCCCCUGGACUCGUACAACACUUAGGUGUAAUUGCAGUAAUUGCAUCUCAGAAACAGCCACACACUGGUGUCAUGUUUUCAUUUUGUGUUGGGACAGUUGUUACCAUUGAACAUUAUUUCAGACAUUAUGGAUUGUUAGUGGAUAUAGUACCUUUUAAUUCUUGUAGCAUUCCAAGAAUGGACCAAUGUAAAUUGGAAUUUUUUUUUUUUGUUUGACAUUUGUGUUUGUUUGAGAACUAAAUGGGACGUUAGUUUGAAUAUCCUGUUAGCAGUGAACUCAAAUGUUCCAGGAUGUGUUCUAGUCAGAGUUAUGUUUUGCCAAGCAUACAACAGGAUAUGGAAUUUGUGGAAUUACUGAAGGAAGUGGCCAUGUAUAUUUAUGAUAGGAAGAUAGUUUCCUCUUAGCUGAUAUCAAUCAUUUACAAGAAAAGCAAGUGCAUACACAACUUUUAGGUUCCUUUGUUUAAAGUAUGUGUCCAACUUUGACCCCUGACCUGCAUUCCUUGGUAGAUAAAGAAAAACUGGGUCAUGUCACAUGACCUCAAGUGUCACAACCUAGAAGUAUUAUUUCUAGCAGAAAAUAGUGGUUGGAAAAGGAGGGGGGUGGGUAGAUGUAACUUGUAGGCAGUCAUGUGAGUGACCUGUGUGGAUUAGUUUUACUCACAGUGGCACUUCUUAGUCCAAUGUGACUUCCAAGUCAUGUGAUGUGUUGCCCUUAGUCCAAUGUGACUUCCAAGUCAUGUGAUGUGUUGCCAACACACAUGGUUCCCAGAAAAUAUUUGCUUAGAUCAACUUUGGUCAUAACAUAAUGAGAUGUCUAUAGGGUCCUAGUAGAAACAUUUGAACACAAGAAUAUGUUGAAUGACAGAUGCUACAAAACUUUUAUAAAUACUUUUUUAAUAUUUCUGUUGCAAAAAGUCAUUUUAUACAUUUUUUCCAGACUUAAAGAAGAAGAAUGAAAAGUUGUAAAUGAUUUAUAAUGGAAAAUGUUUUUAAUCAGAAUUUUAUUGUCAUUUUUUUAAAUAAUACCAUUAGUUUUGUUUUCCCUCCUUUGUAUGUACCUUCCCAUAAAUUCAGCAACAUGUUAUUAGUUAUGUAAUAAGUGAGGUUAUUGGUUGACUCUAAUGAAACAACUUUAUUAUUAAACACUCAUAAGAUAUUUUAUACUGUCAGCAAUUUUUUCCUGGUCUUGUUUAUUUUGAUGAGUCAUUGGCCAGGGAGUAGGUCUCCAUCCAGCUAUUUGCUCCAAGUCAUUGGCCACAUCUCACCCCCCUUCUCUCUGUCUAUCCAAGAUAUCUUAUGUGACACACUCUGUUACCAGGUACUAUCUCUUGGUUUCAAGUCUGCUCCAAAACACACACACACACAGUGUAGUCACCUUGUGACAGUGACCAACCAGCCAGAGCUCUAAACUAUGUGAUGCAAUGAGGCCAUGCUAAGAUCUAUUUAGGAUUAACCACAUGAAACAUUGCAUGUGACAGUUUUGAAGUAUAGAUUUUAAAUUCAUUGGAUAUUGUAUCUACAUUCAAUAAAAUUAUUUGAUGUAUGUUCAUUCAAUGCAGUUUGAUUUAUUUUUUGUUUUAAAUAAAAGACCUAUUAAAGAACACAAAAGUUUUUAAA